GUCUGAAACCAGAACCCCCAAGGCCCCAACUACACAUUUUUCUUUCCCCGCCAAUCUUUUAUUUAUUACCUCAAAAUCCCGAAAUCACCACGCGGAAAACAACAUCAAAUCAAUGGAAGAACCACGACCAGUCCAGGACCCACCAAAUCUCCAAAACCUGCCCGUUCAAAACCCAGACCCGAAUUCAAACUCAGACCUACAUUUCACAGCACCAUCUGACCCUCCGCCACCACAGCCACAACCUGCAGCACCGCCACCGCCACCAGCAGCAGUACCGACACCCUCACCUCCUCCUGUCCUUCCUGAAAGCAAGAAGAGAUCACUUGACAAUUUCGGUCCAAUUCAAGAAUGCAGAUACUUCAAGAUGCGCGCUGUUGUCAAAGAUAUCAGACCCCAUUUUCUUGAGAUGCUUCGAACAGUGGACUUCCAGAGUUGCAAAGUAGCCGAGGAACUUAAACAAAAGCUGAAGCUGCUUAUGGAACUAUACAUGCAGAUGACAGCAGAAAAGCUCAGUACAACCAAUUGUAAGACUGCACCUAACCCUGGUGAAAAUGGGGUAGGACUAAAGCCCCAGGAGCAGCUUCAUGACACAGCGGAUCAGUCUCGACCAGGCCAGGUUUUUGCAAAACCAUCUGAAAAGCAGCAAGCCGAACAUAGUCAGAAUCAAGGGACACAUAUUGUUGGAGGAUCGGCUUUUGGCUGGAAUUUUAUCACCUUUACUGGCAGCAUGCCAAUCUACUAUGGAAGAACAAAGGAAUCAUUCCGAGCUGCUCAUGUGACUUUGUAGGCAACCAUUCUCCUCGCUCACACAAUUUGUUAGUCGAAAGGAAAGCAUGUAACAAUAAGAAUAUUCGGAGCCUCACCCAUGAGCUUUGCACAAGGGGAUGCUUUCAAUGAUUUAACAGUUGUAAUGUGUGUAACUUUGGUGGAAUGAUUGCACAAUUGUAGGUUUUUACAAGAAAUAUGAUGAAAUCUCCAUAUUGGUGUCACAAUGUUUUAAUCA